AUGAGUCUCGAGUUGCUGUCGAACGAACUGUUAAUCGAAUUUUUCGAGUAUUUAUCAACUGGUGAGAUUUUUCAUGCGUUUCACGGACUUAAUUAUCGAUUUAAUUCGGUUCUUGCUAAUCAUUUUCGAAUGCAUGGCUUUGAUUUGCGAUGCAUAUCUCGAUCUGACUUUGACGCAAUCGGUCGAAUAUACUUUUCAUCAACACCCCAACAAAUCACUUCGAUCUGUUUUUCUAAUAAUGAACAAACUCCAGCGCAAAUCAAUCGUUUUUUCAACCAAGGAUUCGAAUUUUCAAAAUUUACGUACUUAAAGUCACUUUCGAUAUAUUAUUUGUCUCCAGGACCGUUAGCUCAUCGGAUCAUAGGCGAACUUGGAAAUUUACCCAAUUUCUCUCGUCUUGUCUAUAAACCUGUGUAUCGAUCAACCAAUUCCUUUUGCGCACAUCGUUUCAUCAAUAGCAUUUGGCAUUUACCAAACUUGAAAUAUUGCUGUUUACAAUUCAAAUUUGGACCGCUCAUGGUUUUUGCUAUACCACUCACGGUUUCAUCAAGUAUUGAAUAUCUCACCAUAGAAGAUAUCGAUAUAUCACCCAACGAAUUCAUUCAGCUAUGCAACCAAACACCAAAUUUACAGUAUUUAUCCUUGCGACUUGCCUUUGAACUUCCUUUCUAUGGUGCGCUGUCUUUUGCUCCGAAGAUCACGAAAUUGUAUAUAACUUACACCGUUCGAUCUGAUCAACUGUUCUCGAUACUAAAAAUGCUGCCAAUGAUAACCUACUUGAAAUUAAAUGUUCAAAGUUUUGCCAUUGAUGGAUAUCAAGCAGAAAUACUUCUCCGGACAAGUUUACCACAAGUGAAACACCUGCAUUUCCGCAUGGUACAUACGCUCGAUGAUGAUGAUAAUAAAGAACAAGAAAUUGAGAAAAUAUUGGAUACAUUUCGUCGUCCGUUUUGGAUUGACGAGCAUCGUUUGUUUCUGCAAUGCGAAUGGAAGACAGAUGACCGAAGCUGUGUUUUCUAUACAUUGCCAUAUGUGUUCGAAGGUUAUGAUUAUGCAAAAGCAACUUUAUUCAAAUCAACGUAUCCUGUUGAAAACAAACGAUGGCUGAAUAAGACGGUAUAUGCACUCAAUUAUCAUCUAUUAGAACUCGAUUGUUCUGCACCAUUGAACAUUCAGUUUGACAACGUUAUAGUUCUUUCUAUUAAACUUCCUGUUGAUGGAAAGCUUUGGUCUACAGUUGCAAGUCUUCCUCGAGNAGAAUCUUUUACUUCAUGA